AUGACAAUAUGGCUGGGUUUUUUGGAGGAAUUUGAGAAAGAAAGUGAUACUUUAUUAGAAGAUCCUACGGUUAGUAGGAUAGGUGGUCGUCCAAUAUGGAUUAAUCCAAAGGUAGUUCCACGGCCAGAGAAUUUAAAAUGUGGGAUUUGUGAAAAGAUCAUGAGGUUUCUUCUUCAGAUAUAUUGUCCAGAAACAGAAGGCCAUCAUAUGGGUUAUCAUCGUGUAAUAUAUAUAUUUGUGUGUGAAGACGGCACAUGCCAGCGUCCUGGAUUUUCUAAAUCCUUCAAGGUAAUCCGUAUUCAAAAAGAGAAUAUAAAAGAUAUAGACACAAAAAUUAAUCAAUUAUGUGUUGUAUGUAACAUAAUGGCAUUAUAUACAUGUUCCAGGUGUAAAAUUUCAAAAUACUGUUCUAAACAGCAUCAAAAGGUGCAUUGGGAGCUUACAUUGCAUAAAAAAUAUUGUGGUACAGAGAUCUCAAAGUGGCCUCUUUCUAAAAGGCCUUGGUGGAAUGAAAUGGAGAUUGUUUAUGAAGCAGAACCUGAAGAACCAAAACCUAUUGGAAAUGAAUUGAUACAACAUAAGUUUGGGCCUAAUGCAAUUCCUGAUAAAUAUGAAAAGUUUUCAAGUAUUAAAGGUGAUAAAACAUUUUUGCGUUUUCAAAAACGACUAAGUAGAGCGCCAACACAGGUGUUGCGAUACAUACGAACAGAAUCAAAUAACACAAAAAAUAAUGAUAUUCUGUGGAUAAGUCUAAAUGGACAAUUAAAUAGUUCGGAAAUUGCAGAGUGUCCAUGUGGAGAGAAAAGAACAAUUGAAUUCCAAAUAAUGCCUACACUUCUUUCCUUUCUAAAUAUUGAUCAUUCGGAAAAAUAUUCACUAGAUUGGGGUAUUUUAAAUAUUUAUACUUGUGAAAAAAGUUGCAUGUUGGCGAAUAAUGAUGUUUGUGAAGAACUUCUGUGGAGACAAGAAAUUUCAAGUGAAAUUAUUAGUACAAUAUGA